AUGUCUUCAUCUGUGCCUUACGAUCCAUAUAUUCCUGCUGAAGAAACGAAUUCGCAAUCCAAGGCGGCAGCCUUGAAGGCCGAGAUCGAUGACACCGUCGGUAUCAUGAGGGACAACAUCAACAAAGUUGCCGAGCGUGGUGAAAGAUUAACGUCGAUACAGGACAAGGCCGAUAACCUAGCAGUAUCAGCCCAAGGUUUUAAAAGAGGCGCGAACAGGGUGAGAAAACAAAUGUGGUGGAAAGACUUGAAAAUGAGGCUGUGUCUUCUGCUGGUUAUUGUUAUCCUAUUGAUUGUGAUUAUUGUUCCAAUCGCUGUUCACUUCAGUUAG